UUUGCUUUUACAUAUCCACCGAGUACCUUUACAAAGGCCAAGGAGCCCAAUCAGCACCCAAGUUCCAUUUCAAUGGCAAAAUCCAACUUUCCUAAACCGGUAAACUCCCAACGGGAAUAAACCAACCGCUUCCAACGGCCUGUCACUCCAAUCUCAUGGCUUUUGCUCCUCCUCCAAACCCCAAACCAAUCCCUCACUUCCUCUCUCCCACUCCAUUCUCUCCCCAAAUUUCCCUCCUUUUUCCCAAAACACCCCCGCAUUCACCACCGCCCUCCGCCCCUCUUCGCGCCUCAAGGCGCCAAACCGUCCCGACUUCAGCCCUCCGAGAAUGGAAGGAGUACGAAGAAGCCGUGAAGCGCAAGGACCUAGCCGGCGCUCUUGGGUUCUUGCAGUCCCUCGAGACCCAGCAAAACCCAGUUGAGAUUGUUAAUGGGUCGUUGCCGGCUGAGUCGACCCGGCCGAGUCAAGAGUUGGGUUUUGUGGGGUGGGAGAGGGAGAGGGAUUGGGAGGUCUUGGACACGUGUCUCAAUGCUGAUAACAUGAAGCUUGUGGGCAAAGCUUAUGGCUUUCUCAAGAACAGAGGGUUCUUGGCCAAUUUUGGGAGAUACAGGAACAUUGUAAUGGAGGGAACACGUGAUGUUACACCAUCUGUGUUGAAGACUUCAACAGGUUUAGAAGCAUCGAAAUUUGCUCCAAAAAAGUGGGGUCUUUCGGGAAGUUCUCGUCCUGCUCUGGUUGCUUUUCUUGGCGGGCUAUCUUUUCUUCUUUCUCAAGGCAUUGACAUCAGGCCUAACCUUACGGUAAUAUUGGGGCUAGCAUUUGCGGACUCUAUCUUCCUUGGUGGUUGCUGCUUAGCUCAAAUCUCCAGUUAUUGGCCUCCAAAUAGACGUCGGAUCCUCAUCCAUGAAGCAGGGCACCUCCUAACAGCUUAUCUAAUGGGUUGCCCAAUUCGUGGGGUGAUAUUAGACCCAAUUGUUGCAGUGCAGAUGGGAAUUCAAGGGCAGGCGGGAACUCAGUUUUGGGAUGAGAAAAUGGCCAGUGACCUUGCUGAAGGAAGACUUGAUGGUAGUGCUUUUGACAGGUACUGCAUGGUGCUUUUUGCAGGCAUUGCUGCUGAAGCUCUUAUUUAUGGGGAGGCAGAGGGUGGAGAAAAUGAUGAAAAUUUAUUUAGGGGCAUCUGUCUUCUUCUGCAACCCCCGUUAUCUGUUGCUGAGAUGUCAAAUCAAGCAAGAUGGUCCCUUCUGCAAUCUUACAAUUUGCUCAAAUGGCAUAAAAGUGCACACCGAGCUGCAGUUAAAGCUUUAGAAAGUCGCAGCAGUUUGAGUGUUGUAAUUAGAAGUAUUGAGGAAGCAAUGGCAGCAAAUAGGGGAAUAAAAGUAAAUUAAAGAACGAAAAUGACUUCUUUCCAUACGGGGAUCAAGGACAGGACUCACAGGAGCAUAAAAGAUUCAAGAUAUAACUGGUGCAAGAAAGGCCUCUUUCUGUAGUGCAGUCAUAUUCUUGUAACUGCCGUUGGCCAUCCCUGUAAACAAUUCAGAUCUACAAUUGACAUGAAGAAUUGUCUUCCAGCAAGUAGGUUAGUCUUUCAAGAAUGAAGAUCCUCAGGUGUAUAUCACAGAGAAAUGAUCCAAUUGUGUGUACCCCUGAAUAAUUAGUUCUGACUUAUGCUCGAGGCCUCCUCAAACAAUUCUUAUUUUGAUUGAAGAUUUUGUAUAGACAAAUAUCUGUUGUAAAUCACCCUCCAGUAUAGGCUAGCAAAUAUUUGUUGAGAAAGUCUCAAGAAACAUCAUAGAAACAUCAUGAUGUUUCAUUGUGCAAUAAAUUUCAUUUGUAUUCUUUCACACAGAUAGAAAGAUUUUUAUUCUUUCAACCUUC